ACCAAACGACCAUCAUCUCAACCAUCGUCUCCCUCUGCCCCUACUCAACCCCCCGUUUACAUUCAUAUCCAGCUCCAUCCUUAUAUCAUCACAUAAUCAAUCAUGCCUGAAUCAUCCCGCGAAGACUCCGUCUACCUCGCCAAGCUCGCAGAGCAGGCAGAGCGUUAUGAAGAAAUGGUUGAGAACAUGAAACAGGUGGCAUCAUCCGACCAGGAAUUGACUGUUGAAGAGCGCAAUCUUCUAUCUGUUGCAUACAAGAACGUCAUCGGUGCUCGUCGUGCUUCGUGGAGAAUUGUCUCGUCAAUCGAGCAGAAGGAAGAGUCCAAGGGUAAUGAGGCACAGGUCGCCAUGAUCAAGACAUACCGGGAGAAGAUCGAGCAAGAACUUGCAAAGAUCUGCGAGGACAUUCUGGAUGUCCUCGACAAGCACCUCAUCCCUUCCGCCGCUUCGGGAGAGUCGAAGGUCUUCUACCACAAGAUGAUGGGUGACUACCAUCGUUACCUUGCAGAAUUCGCUACCGGCGAUAAGCGCAAAGUUAGCGCUGACAAGUCUCUGGAGGCUUACAAGGCUGCUUCUGAUGUCGCUGUCACGGAACUCCCACCAACGCACCCCAUUCGUCUCGGUCUUGCCCUUAACUUCUCUGUAUUCUACUACGAGAUCCUCAACAGCCCUGACCGUGCAUGCCACCUUGCUAAGCAAGCAUUCGAUGAUGCUAUUGCUGAACUUGAUACACUCUCGGAGGAGAGCUACAAGGAUUCGACACUCAUUAUGCAAUUGCUACGGGACAAUCUGACGCUCUGGACUUCGGACAUGCAAGACUCUGACAAGCCCUCGGAAUCGAAGCAGGAAGCCGAUGAUGGUCCUUCGGAGGAUAAUUAAGUAGUGUGUUAGUAGUUCAUAUUCUUGAUAUUUGCGUGUUCGUUCUUUCGGCCAACUCACUUCGGUGUCUGAUAACUCGCUAGAGAUAUGGCUGCGUGGCUUGUUACCAUCAUUAUCUGCAUUCUUUUUCUCAUCAUUUCAUCCCACACCUCUUUUCUGGCAAACUUUCAUGUCUUCUCUAUUAUCGCGUAGUUUUACUUUCGUCCUGUCACAUAUCUCAGCGCCUAUAGAAGGUGCAUGUAAGUAACAUUGAAAGCUUAAACUUCAAUGCGAAUAGUAAACUUGCUGCGAAGAGAUUACACUGCAGU